GCGGUAGCAGCAGCCCGUGCCCUCUUGAUAAGGAGUUCUCUGAUCAGAUAGCUGUCCUUCUGUCACCUCCCUCUCCUGAAUCGAUUAAGAAGGAUAGAAAGGAAAAGAUUGAUGAAGAGGUUGCUUAGUGGCAAAAGUUAGCUGAAGGCUUAAAGCAAUGUUGAGCAUUGCGGAUUUGUAAGACGAUGAAGAUAGAAUGAUUACUAUGAUGAACUUAUGAAAACAAGAAAAUGCAACAAUUUAAAGAUAAAUUUUAGCAACAGUAGUGGGAAAGCUGUCUAUGCCAUCAAGGAAUUUGAAGAAGGUGAACUUGUUUUAAAGGAUCAAAUACUUGUAGCAGCUCAACACAUUUCUAAUAAGGUUGAUUGUCUUGUAUGUAGUUACUGUUUUCGCUUUAUUGGUUCUAUAGAACUUCAAAUUGGGAGGAAACUCUAUUUGCAAGAGUUGGGAUUAUCUGCUAAUAAGGAGUGCAAAGAGUCAUUGUCAAGAUUUCCAGAAAAAGCGUGCACAAGAGUGUUAGAUGACAUAAAAAAACAUUCUGUCUCAAAUGGAAGCCAUGGUAUAGGCUCAAGUACUUAUACAAACUCAAAGGACAAUUCUAUUCCCACGGAGGUGCUACAGUCACUUAUCAAUGGCAAUAUGUCUUUGCCUUAUACAAAUCUAUUUGCUUUACCUUCAAUUUUUUAUUGUCCCGGUGGGUGCAAAGAAGAACAUUAUUGCAGCAAAUUAUGUACAGAUUUGGACUGGGAAUCAUUUCAUUCUUUGCUAUGCACUGGGAGGAAUACAGAACCAUCAAAAAGGGAUGCAAUACUUAAAUUUAUAGAACAUUCCAAUGGAACAAAUGACAUUUUCAUCCUAGCUGCAAAGGUGAUCUCAUAUACCAUUUUGAAAUUUAGGAAACUCAAGAGGCUACGCUUUAAAGAGAAUGAGAAGCGUGCUAAACUAGAUGAAACAGACUUCCCUUUGCUUUUGGAGGCUUGGAAACCGGUUUCAAUGGGCUUCAAGAAAAGGUGGUGGGACUGUAUUGCUUUGCCCGAUGAUGUUGAUUCUUCUGAUGAAGCAUCAUUCAGAAUGCAACUAAGAGACCUAGCCUUUACCUCCCUGCAGCUUCUCAAGGAAGCUAUCUUCGAGGAUGAAUGCGCGCCUUUAUUUUCACUUGAGAUCUAUGGGCAUAUUAUUGGCAUGUUUGAGCUUAAUAAUCUUGAUCUAGUUGUGGCAUCACCAGUUGAGGACUAUUUCAUACAUAUUGAUGAUCUUCCCUCUCCAGAGAAGGUGGAAGCUGAGAAACUAACACGACCGCUCCUGGAGUCACUAGGUGAUGAGUAUUCUGUUUGUUGUCAAGGUACUGGGUUCUACCCUCUGCAAAGCUGCAUGAACCAUUCUUGUUGCCCCAAUGCGAAAGCAUUCAAAAGAGAUGAGGAUAAAGAUGGUCAAGCGAUCAUUAUAGCAGCACGACCCAUUGUCGAAGGAGAGGAGAUUACUAUUUCAUAUAUCGAUGAGGAUCUCCCAUAUGAUGAGAGACAAACCCUCCUUGCCGAUUAUGGCUUUAGAUGCAUGUGCCCAAGGUGCUUGGAGGAGAUGCCCGGAAUGUGAACUUAGAAGAGUAGAGUCUUCUUAGUAGGCAAUCAGCAAAUCGUUGAAAGCAUGGUUGGGGGAGUUUGAUCCCAUUUCAGUGUGUUUGAUAUCAUUGCCCUAAUAUUUUAAUCCAAAUUUUCUAGAUUAUAUACACACAUUAUGUGAGACAAUUUAGGUGAGUGUUUCUUGUCAAAAAUGUUUCUCUAAGAAAAAGCUGUUGAUUCUGCACAUUGCUGGAAAAUUCACAAAACAGUGAUUUACUAUUGUACUAUCAGUUCACAAAGUGGUGAAGAUAA